UGACCUUAACACAUUCCUUCACAUCACAACAUCCACAUCUCUUUCUCUCUCUUUCUCACAUUGUCUCCAAUAUGGCUUCUACUCGCAACGAGUUUUAUGCACUUGUGCUGCUUUGCUCCAUGGUGGCUACAUGUGCUGCUAACUUCAACCAAGAUUUUGAUCUAACAUGGGGUGAUCAUCGUGCUAAGAUAUUCAAUGGAGGCCAGCUUCUCUCUCUUUCACUUGACAAAAUCUCUGGCUCUGGCUUUCAAUCCAAGAAAGAGUACCUAUUUGGGAGGAUCGAUAUGCAGCUCAAGCUUGUUGCUGGAAACUCUGCUGGCACUGUCACUGCUUACUACUUGUCAUCUCAAGGGCCAACACAUGACGAAAUUGAUUUUGAAUUCUUGGGAAACGUGAGUGGUGACCCCUACAUUCUCCACACAAACGUGUUUACCCAAGGCCAAGGGAACAGAGAGCAACAAUUCUACCUCUGGUUCGACCCCACCAGAAACUUCCACACUUACUCCAUCAUCUGGAAGCCCCAACACAUUAUAUUCUUGGUGGACAACAUUCCCAUAAGGGUGUUCAAGAAUGCUGAGACUAUGGGUGUUCCUUUCCCAAAGAACCAACCCAUGAGAAUCUACUCUAGUCUGUGGAACGCUGAUGACUGGGCCACAAGAGGUGGUUUGGUGAAAACUGAUUGGUCCAAAGCACCCUUCACAGCGUACUACCGCAAUUUCAAAGCCUCAGAGUUCUCUGUGUCAUCGAAUUCGUUCUCUGAUGGUGCAUGGCAGAGCAACGAACUUGAUGCAUAUGGCAGAAGAAGACUAAGAUGGGUUCAGAGGUACUUCAUGAUCUACAACUACUGCAACGACCUUAAGCGAUUCCCACAAGGCCUUCCCGCUGAGUGCAGGCGCUGAUCCAGAUUCCACACAAAUUCAUCUUUUGUAAAAUAUGUUACCUUAUUAUGUGUCGCUCUUAUCAUUCUUUCAUUUCAUGUUUCCCUCCGUGUUUUUUGUUUCUUAGUUUUUCCUUUCAUAUCUUAUUACUACUAUAUCAUAUCAUAUUCAUCAUCAAAAUAAAUCAACUUUGUUCUACUGC